AUUAAGUAUUAUAAUAAUGGUGUACAUCCAACUCCAACUGUAUUUUCCAGAUCUGGAGGAGUUAUGGAGUCUAGUUACAUAAAACUAUUCUUUUAUAUAAUCUUUGUGAUGACAUUAUCAAACUCCAAAUCAAUAGUCAAGAAUCUCCCUGGCUUCCCUGGUGAUCUUCCUUUCACUCUUGAAACCGGAUAUGUCGGCGUCGGGGCUGAGAAUGAAGUUCAGUUCUUCUACUACUUUGUCGAGUCGCAAAGAGACCCGGCACACGACCCUCUUCUUCUUUAUCUCACUGGUGGACCGGGCACUUCAGGACUUUUCCCCUUCCUCUAUCAUGUUGGUCCACUAACCAUUCGUUUUGAUAGUUCCGGAUGGAAUAACUUCACUUUGGAGUCAAAUCCUAAUACAUGGACACAGGCUGCUAAUGUAAUAUUCCUAGAUCUACCGGCGGGUGUAGGGUUUUCGUAUGCUACAACUUGGGAAGGAUGGAGAAGUAGCGAUUCAGUUUUAUCUAUGCAUACGUACGAGUUUAUACAAAAGUGGUUUGUGGAGCAUCCUAGGUUUCUUAAUAAUCCUUUAUACAUAUCUGGGAUUUCAUACAUGGGUUUGCUGAUACCAGUUAUUACUUUAGAAGUGUACAAAGGCAUUGAACGUGGAAGUGAACCGCAAUUGAAUAUCAAAGGAUACCUAAUUGUUAAUGCAUUCACGGAUAGAUUCAUUGAUGAAAAUUCAAAAUUAGAGUUUGCCAACCGGGUUGCACUAAUUUCCGACGACAUCUACGAGUCUACAAAAGAAACCUGUGAUGAUAACUACGCUUACCCUAAUCUGAACAACGCCUUAUGUUCAUAUAAUAUUCAACAGGUGGAUGAGUGCAUAAGAAAUAUUAACCUUGCGAAUAUACUGGGGACAGUGCCAGAUGAUACGGCCGAUAUUAAGAUAAUUUUAGAUGCUUGGGCAAACGAUAAAGAAGUUCAAAAAGCCCUCCAUAUUCGUGAGGGAACAAUAGGCGUGUGGGAGAAAACCAAUGAAACAAUCCAUUUCAUUUUCGGGAAAAAUGACACCAUAUGUUACUCAUAUGAUGUAUCUAGUACUAUUGUCUACCAUGAACAACUUGUUUCAAGAAAUUGUCACGUGUUGAUUAUUAGUGGUGACCAUGAUAUGAUAAUUCCAUACCUGGGCACAGAGAAAUGGAUAAAAUCUCUCGGUGUCCCAAUUGCAAGACCGUGGAACCCGUGGUUUGUUGAUAAUCAAGUUGCCGGAUAUCAAAUGGCUUAUGCAACAAAAGGAUACUCGUUAACGUAUGCAACUGUUAAGGGUGCAGGUCAUUCUCUGCAACUGAACAAGCCUAAAGAAGCUUCAGUUCUGGUGGAAGAGUGGUUGACUUCUCAUACUUAUAUAAGUGACUUUUAAUUAAUAAUUAUAUAUUUAUUAUCUUUGCUAUCAGAAUAAUGUUCACAUACUUUUCUACCGUCUGAUGUUAUGCCCUAGUAAUUGUUGGAUAAACUGAUGUCAUGAUAUAUAAUAACAAUAAUAAUUAAAUAUAAUAAAAAAACUGAAGUAGCUUUGCCUUUUUGUAA